AUGCAUAUCCUCGGUCUGGCAAAUGGUACACCUUCUGGAAAUUCCGAGAUCUUACUCAAGGCCGCAUUGACAGCGGCCAUCGUGUUCGACUCUUCGAUUACAACAUCAUGGAUACACGUUCCUUCUAUAUCCAUACCAACAAACCCAGCACCUCUUGAUUCUCCUGUUGGUUUCGAUCUUGCCUCCAAGCUCAAUGUGGCUUCCAACAAUGCACCAGAUGAUCGAGCAGCUGUCCGUGAAGCCAUCCUUGAUGCCGAUGCUAUAAUCAUCUCUACACCUACAUAUAGCCAUCAACCUCUAGGCACCUUGAAGCUACUCAUGGAUCGAAUAGGAGGACCGGCUCUCGAUGUUACUUUUGGCAAAACAUUCAACCCCGAUAAACUCGAUCCUCGGCUCUCAAAGCCACGAGUGUUGGGCUUUAUCGCUGUGGGAGGAUCAUCGACGCCAGAUCAGUUCACCAUGGUGUUACCGACACUGCAUCUCUUGUUCUAUGCUCUGCAUGCCAGAGUUGUGGAUCAAUUCAUUGGCCAAGACUUGGGCAGCUCGGGGGCGGUUAGCCUGCACGAAGACCUGAUAUCUCGAGCACAGCGCAUGGGCAAGAAUCUAGCCAGUCAGAUUGGCAAGUCCUACGAUGAUGCGGGAUAUCUAGGUGAUGAACAAGAAGGUGCGUGUCCGCAUUGUCAUCUUGCCAAGAUUGAGCUUUUGCCUGAGCACGGCAAGAAUGCGAUUGGCUGCACGACAUGUGGAACCAGAGGCACCUUGGCUGUCACUGGAGAUGACACCAUGCUUCCGGUCUGGGAGGAAGACUCGAAGUGGAGUUGUUUGACCUGGGCUGGCAAACUGCAACAUGCAAAAGACAUCGUGAGCUGGGCGAAGAGAGACGAGCCAAGGAAAGCAGAUAUCAAGGACGGCCAGGAGAAGUGGAAGAAAGUCUUUGUUCAGCAAGUUACCUUGCCCAGUCAGAAAACGAAAGAGUAG